AUGAAUAUUGAUGCUCCCACCAAUCUCUCAGGAGCCUUGAUCUUCUGGGCAUACAUCGCGGGUGCUCUGGCCUCUACUGGAAUCGUCUUGAACACCAUCAGACAGUCAUACCUUCAGAAUGGCAGACCGAAAAUCUCUCCAUUCCUGGCAGUUUUGGCCCUAUCAAGCUUCGCUACUCUUUCCUACCAUAUGCUGAAUGUCUUGAUCCUUUCUUACCAGCAGUGGACAGCACGUUACAGCAUUCCUCUAGGUGCCUUGAUUGGAGCUAACAGGACGCCUCUACAUUUAUGGAAAUGGUCUACAACCUCAUCGCUAUUCCAAAAUUUCGGUGAAGCUAUUGUUGCCACAAAACCUCGGUAUCUUCUUUCAUCUUCUGGCUUAUGGUCUACACUGGCCGUUGCAGUAUACAUGGGCAUCGAAGGCCGAAGAUGCAAAGUACCAAACCUUUGGGCUUUCUUUGCACUUCUCGAGAUCCUGCCUACUUCAUUUGCACAGACGCUGUUUUACAUCAUGCUCUGUACCAAGCCUCAGCCUACGAGUUUGAAUUUCCAGUCACUGUCGUAUUGGCCUUUCUGGUAUUCUGUGCCUUUGCUGUACAACUACUGCCUCAGCAAAGCACCUGAAUAUGCAGGAGAUGGCGAGUGGCUUAUCUAUACCAUCCUCGCUGCACGUGUGUUGCUUGUACUCCCGCUAAUCCUUCCUUUGCGAAGCUUGAGCGAUCAAGCGCCAGGAACCAGCCCUAACACAUUCCAGCAUGUGGCGACAUUGCGCUUGUUCACCUUCUCAAUCGCUAUUCAAUAUCUCACUCACAAGAGGAUUGCAGAUCUGGGGCCAUGGGACCAGGUACCUUCGAUUCUGUUCGAGGCUCUCAAUAGUCAUCCUGCAGUGCAGGCUUUGAGCUAUGAUAUGCUACAUAGUGCUGUAGCGUUUGGAUAUUGGAUGCUACGGAAAGAGAGUGUCGCGCCAGUCGUGGAACAGAAAGCAAGCGAGCAAAGAAUCCCUUCCAAGAGAAGACGCUGA